UUUGGUAUUAAUGUGACUAAACAUCAGAAAAUCAUCUCAUUUUGAUCAUCACUUGAUUUGGACAACCAUUCAAUUAUCACCUCAAACAAGAUGUCUAAUUACAACCACAAUCUCAGUGACAACGAAGAGUCUGACGGUCUGUCGGCACAAGAGUUGUUCGGUUCGGGCGAUGGACUCACUUAUAAUGAUUUUCUUGUCCUUCCCGGUUAUAUUGACUUCAGUGCCGAAGAUGUCGAUUUGACGACAAACUUAACUAAAAGGAUCCAAUUGAAGGCACCACUGGUGUCAUCACCUAUGGAUACAGUGACUGAAUCAGAGAUGGCUAUUGCUAUGGCUUUAUGCGGAGGCAUUGGUAUUAUUCACCACAACUGUACCCCUGAAUAUCAAGCGGCAGAAGUACUCAAAGUUAAGAAAUAUAAACACGGAUUUAUCAGAGAUCCUCUAGUUUUGGGACCAAACAACAAAGUUAAUGAUGUCUUAAACAUUAAGAAAGAGCGUGGCUUUGCUGGCAUUCCCGUUACAGAUAAUGGCAAACUCGGUGGUAGACUCCUUGGUAUUGUAACCUCACGUGAUAUUGACUUCAAGACUCAGGAUAUUUUGAAUGAACCGCUAUCUUCUGUGAUGACAACUAGUGAUAACUUAGUUGUGGCACGCGAUGGCAUUACAUUACAAGAUGCCAAUGAUAUACUCGAGAAGAAUAAAAAAGGAAAGUUACCGAUUGUUGAUAAAGACCACAGAUUAACGGCACUUAUAGCCCGAACUGAUGUUAAGAAACAUCGAGAUUAUCCCAACGCUUCCAAAGAUGAAAAUAAACAACUUUUAGUGGGCGCUGCUAUUGGAACUCGAGAAGGAGAUAAAGAUAGACUUAAAAAAUUAGUCGAUUCUGGAGUUGAUGUCAUUGUUUUGGAUUCAUCUCAAGGCAAUUCAGUGUAUCAAAUAAAUAUGAUUAAAUACAUGAAAACUGAAUACCCUAACGUUCAAGUUAUUGCUGGAAAUGUUGUCACUAUGGAUCAGGCAAAGAAUCUCAUUAAAGCCGGUGCUGAUGGGUUACGUGUAGGUAUGGGCUCGGGAUCAAUAUGUAUUACUCAAGAGGUAAUGGCUUGUGGACGACCACAGGCUACCGCUGUUUAUAAAGUAUCGAAAUAUGCCCGCAAAUUUGGUGUGCCUACAAUUGCCGACGGUGGUGUAGCCACUGUUGGCCAUAUAAUUAAAGCGCUUGCUUUGGGUGCAUCAGGUGUAAUGAUGGGUUCAAUGCUUGCUGGUACUACAGAAGCUCCGGGAGAAUAUUAUUUUUCUAAUGGUGUGAGAGUAAAAAAAUAUAGAGGUAUGGGAUCUAUUGAUGCCAUGGAAUCUAAAGACGGUGAAGGCAGUCGUCAACGAUACUUCCAAGGAGAGAAUGAUGAUGUGAGAGUAGCACAAGGAGUUUCAGGUGCUAUUGUCGACAAGGGAUCCAUCCAUAGGUUUGUCCCAUAUCUGGUAACUGGACUCAAAUAUGGAUCACAGGAUAUGGGUAUUAGAAGUUUAGAGCUUAUGAAAGUCAAAACAUAUUCCGGGGAUUUAAGAUUUGAAAAGAGGACCGCUUCGGCACAAAUUGAAGGCGGAGUUCACGGCCUCUACUCAUUUGAAAAGAAACUAUUCUAACAAGUGAUUGAUUGCACAAAACAUUCCCCGCAUGUCAUGUGUGACCACUUAUUGCCAAUUUAUUAGACAUUUUUCAAUGGCUUUUUAUAUGACAUCUAAAAAGAAAGUUUACUUUUAAAUAAAAUUUAUUAACUUUAUUUUUACAAAUAAAUUUACAUGUGAUUUGAUACUAAAACUGCAUAUUUUUUUUACUAAUAACUUUGUACGGUAUUGUGUUUUUAUAAUUUAUUUAUUCAUAUAUAUCACUAGUUUUAAUUAAGCUAUAAAUUUUUAUUUAA